AUCCCUCUGACCAGUCGGCCCCACACCUGCCCGUGCCAAGCUUAACUGCGACCGCUGUCUUCAAGCCCACACAAAUCAACAGCACACACUCCCACUCCCACUCCCACGCUGACACCUACCUAGGUGCCGCGCCGCCAGGACCCCAGCCUCGCCGUCUCCGGCGGCGUACUCCCAGAUCUCGACUCCCCAGUCUGUCUCUGCUCCGCGCGGAAUCGUCUGACGGAGGCGGGUGGCCAGCGUCGUCCGCAGCUGAUUCGGGAUGGCCGGCAGCAGCACCAGCACCUUCGUCAUCAGGUGGAUCAACUUCCUCACCAUGGUAGGGAUCCACGCAUCAUGAUGCUCCUCAUGCUCUUUGUUGAACAGAUACUGGCGAUACUUGUGGUGGGUUUUGGGUUUUGGAUGAGCACCCACAAUGAUGAGUGCCGGCGGUCACUCACAAUCCCUGUCAUGGGUCUUGGAGGAGUCAUUUUUCUCAUGUCGCUGGCGGGAUUUGUGGGUGCUUGGAAGAACAUUUCUUGCUUGCUUUGGACAUAUCUAAUAAUGCUGUUCGUGGUCCUGGUGGCAAUCAUGAUCUUCACAGUGCUUGCGUUUAUCAUUACAAAUACUGGAACUGGUCAUGCUGUUCCUGGGUCCAGAUAUAAAGAGUAUCGUCUUCAGGACUACAGUUCUUGGUUCGUCAAACAGCUCAAUGACACUGAUAAAUGGACUCAUCUGAGAAGUUGCCUUGUGAAGUCGGAUGAUUGCAAUAGCUUGUCAAAAAGAUAUAAGACUCUAAAACAAUACAAGCUCGCUGAGCUGACUCCCAUUGAGUCUGGCUGUUGCCGCCCACCAGCGGAGUGUGGAUAUCCAGCUUUGAAUGCUUCCAAUUUUGAUCUGAGCUACCAUCCGGUGAGCACAAACGUCGACUGCAAACUGUACAAAAAUGAUCGGUUCCUCAGGUGCUAUGACUGUAAUUCUUGCAAAGCUGGUGUUGCGCAAUACAUGAAGACAGAGUGGCGAGUGGUUGCCAUCUUCAAUGUGAUAUUGUUUAUCAUUUUGUCAUUCGUGUACUUUGUUGGCUGCUGCGCACGUCGACAUGCUGGAGGUAGUGAUUCUAAAGUUCCUCGAAGAUGACUCUUACUUUGAAGUGAAUCCUCUCUAUGAUUCACGUGUCACAGCGAGAGUUAGCUUUACCGUCCCUUGUAAAACAUUGUUCAUUCAAGUUCAGCUGAUGAAAUGGAGUGUCAAGGCUUCUGUUCUGUGGGCGAUUUCUUUGUGCCAGUAGCAUUUUGGACAUCUAUGAAAAUGAACGUCCCACAAUCUUCUGAAAUACAGCCUGAUGAUCUUGCACAA